AUGCCCGACACAGAAGUUUUGGAAGCAAGCGGCGUGAGCAUAAAAAUACCUCCGUUUUGGUUUGACAAACCUGAAAUAUGGUUUUACCAGGUCGAAGCUCAGUUCAAGAUUUGCAGGAUUACAUCGGAAGAGACUAUGUUUAGCCAUCUCGUCGCCCAAUUGGAGCCAAAAGUUCUAGAUGAUAUUUGGGACAUUGUGAAAGAUCCUUCCCCGAACAAAUAUACGGCGGCAAAGGAACGAAAAAUGCGUGCUCUUGCUGGUACGGACGUUUCGGAGAAAGCGUUGCGCACCCUGUGGCUGGAUAAGAUGCCUGAUUCAGUCAAGGGUGUUAUCAUCGUCAGUGAAGAGAAGCUCGAUAAAUUAGCUACUAUGGCCGACAAGAUCGUAGAGAUGGCACCGAGAACAACAGAUGUUGCAGCGGUGCAGAAGGAGUCACCAGGAGUAGACCAACUCCUGGCUAAAAUCGCGGCACUUGAAGGCCAAAUUGCCUCAAUGAGGUUACAGCAAAAGUCCCGGAACCGUAGCCCUCAUCACCAUCAGAGGAGUAGAAGUCGCAGCAAAUCGAGGCGCCGCUACAACCCACAAGGGAAAUUCUGCUUCUACCAUUUCAAAUUCGGGAAGAAGUGCCUCCCUGGCAAAUGUGUACAGCCGUGCAGUUGGGAUGAGUCGGGAAACCAGUCCCAGCAGUAG